UACCCUAAAGUUUCAUUACUUUUAAGAUAAAUACUAUGAUUUUCUUAUAGAUUAAUACCUCAAAUUUCUAGAUUUUAGAGAAUGAUACCUUUCGGCUUCCACUACUUGUCUACGAUACUUGAAUAUUUUACCCUUAAAACAAAAACUUUCCAACAACACAACCUUCUCAAUAUCUUAAAUAUUACUAAGAUAGAAAUAUAACUUUUAAGACACUUACUAGGAUGUGUAGUACACCUAUGAGGCAUGGGUAGCUAUAGCGGGCUUGGGUCAAUCGAGCUGGACUAGCUGAUGGCUCAAUACUCAAAAAGCAAUCGAAGGAUGAUCUCAGACGAUCUACUUGACAUUGACAGUUGACUAGAGGUGGAAGGUGCAAGUGGUAGCUUUGAUUGAUCAAUAGAAGCGGUGUGAUGUUUUUGUAAUGUUGGGAUGUGACUGCUACUUAAUCUCCAUCAUGUUGGAGUCAAUCAUUGCAUUCAUUAUUUAACAAUAUCCCAGAUAUAAAUCUCAUGGAUGUAUGUUGAUAAAAAAAAUUCUUUACUUUCACAAAAAUCAUAUAGGAAUUAUUAUGUUCUGAAAAGGAAAGUAGGAGAAAUAGUCGACCACAUUUUUAUAUUAUCGCCAUCUCAUUUACUUCAUCCAUCUUAACUCUUAUGGUUGCUACUCAAUCCUUUUUGGAUAAAUCUAAACCAACAAGCUCUAGCCAAUUCCACCAUACCCCAUCACCAAACCUACGUCCAAAUCCGUCUCCAAAUCCUCUUCCAGCAAACUCCGCCUUCAUUAUUGCCAUCACGACAUCAUCUUCUCUUGAGCUCCCCACUAAAGCUUACCAUUACCAUCUCCAAUCAAAACUACUCCACCUACUUCUCCAGUCCAAAUUAGCUUUUUUACUUUGUGCUUUUUGCCCUUAAAGUCCCAAGAAGUCUAAACAGUAUCUCAUGGCUUCAUUCCGCUUUGUGCACAACCUUGGAUGGUAGGAGAACUAACUCUAUCAAGUGAAUUAUUUAUAAAAGCACAUAUACCAAUGAGAUUGUUUCCAAAUUGACUUUGUUAUGAGAACUAACCCUAUCAAGUGAGUACUUAAGGUCUUUAGUGCAUAUUUAAUUUAAUUAAUAGGACAAAGUACAAUAAUCCCCAAUAUUGCAUGGGUUGUAAACAAAGUGGCUAUGAGUGCAAUAAGCUUCUAAAGAUGAUAAUGGACUUUUGCAGAUAAAGACAAAUGUUUAUAAUUUUUCAUCCAUCUCUACUAAUCUUCAUUCCCUCAUGUUCAAUUCGUUCAAUGUAACCAUAUACUCAAUGUACUAAAUAUCGGCCUCAAUAUCGAUAUUGUGGUCGAUAUAUUGGGUUUGACAUGCUUAUGCAAUGAUAUUAAUGAAAAUAUAUCAUUUUCUAAUUUUUUGGGGUUUUUUUCUUAUGUAUCGGAUAUAUCAGCCGCUAUAUCGGUGUGCAAAUAGCAGCCAAUUUGGGUUGUUUUUGAGUUUGGAUCUUUUGGGUUGUUUGGGUUCCCAAACUCGACCUGAACCCACUAAGACAUAAAAAUAAAAACCUGACCUCUAAAGAAAAUGCCCAAAUCCCGUCUUAUCUUCAUUCUCUACUUCCUCCGUUCUCUCCUUCCUGUCGAAGGCCUCUCUCUCUCCUAUGGUCCUCUUGGGUCUCUCCUCCACGCCUCCGCCCAAGGUGAAAGCUCUCUCUCUCUUUCUCUCUCUACCCCCCUACGGUCUCCUCCGCCUCUUAAAGCUCUCUCUCGAAGCUCUAUUGCGGUCCCUCAAAACCCUAAUCAAAGGUUUUUUUAUCAAAAAGCCAAGGAAGAAGAAGGUGAAGAAAGAGAGAAAAUCUCUAAGGGUGAAGGUUUUUCAAUUGGGAAGUUUCAUCAUGCGAUCGAGAAGCAAGCUUCUACAAUCGGGCAUAUACUUCAAACUCUUAUAUGACCAAUGUAUGCCUCGCAAGUUCAACCACAGAGUCAAGGAGAAAAUAUCACUAUUGUGAGCUCCUAAUCAAGUGUUUCUCUCAUAAGGUUUGAGUUGCCUUGAAGCAUACUACCAUCUUUCGGUAUUAUUAAACCUUUAUGGCAAGGCACUUCCAUCAUGAAGUUGAACCCCAUUGGAUAAAGCAAGACAAAGUAUGGAAACGAAGGAAGUUCCAUAUCCUUUUUAUUUCGACUUGAGCAAUAUUUUCAUAGCUUCUGGCCCGAAUCUUUGCAACAGAUGAAAACACAUCCAAGGGCCUUGGAGAAACAUCACUAUAAAUCACCCAAUGUCUGACAUUAGUGAUACUUGAGGAUUUGAAGGUGCAAUAGCAAGAAUUUUAUUCGUAUAAUCAACUGAUUCAAUCUAUUGUCCUCUGGGGAUGCCUUGGUAUUCAUUAUCAAGAAGGACAGAUCAAUUAGAUUAAUGAGAGUUAGUAUGGUGAAUAGGAAGAAGAAAUGCCCAUAUCGAAGAUAGAUGAUCUGUAUGGGUUGCAAGGUCCAUAGAUAUUUUAAAUAUUUUAAUAUAAGAUCGGGUUACAAUCAGCUGAAAGUUGAAAGUGGAGAUGCAAAAGAUGAUAUUUGGAACGAGAUACAGACAUGGGAAGUUUUGGUUGAUGCAUUUUGGAUUAACUAAUACCCCAACACUCUUAUGAAUCGAAUAAAUAGUAUUUAAGACCUUGGGAAUCAUUUUUUGCUAGUUAUGUUAGGUGAUAUAUUAUUUAAUAUAAAGAGUUGGGAAUAGCAUGAACAAUA